AUGGCCACAACUAAGAACAAGUACUCGGUUAUCUUACCAACCUACAAUGAGCGCAAGAACCUGCCCAUCAUUACCUGGUUGUUGAACCGCACCUUUACUGAGAACAACCUCGAUUGGGAACUCAUCAUCGUCGACGACGGCUCCCCCGAUGGAACCCAAGAAGUUGCCCAGCAGCUCGUCAAGGUCUACUCCCCCCACGUUGUCCUCAAGCCCCGCGCUGGCAAACUCGGUCUCGGAACAGCCUACGUCCACGGUCUCAAGUUCGUCACCGGCAACUUCGUCAUCAUCAUGGACGCCGACUUCUCCCAUCACCCCAAGUUCAUCCCCGAGAUGGUCGCUCUUCAAGCCAAGGGCAACUACGAUAUCGUCACGGGUACUCGCUACGCUGGAAACGGCGGUGUCUUUGGUUGGGAUCUCAAGCGCAAGUUCGUCAGCCGUGGCGCCAACUUGUUCGCCGAUACUGUCCUCCGCCCUGGCGUGAGUGACCUCACGGGCAGCUUUCGACUGUACAAGCGUGCUGCGCUGGAGAAGGCUAUUGCUAGCACUGAGAGCAAGGGAUACAGUUUCCAGAUGGAGCUUAUGGUGCGUGCGAAGGCUAUGGGAUGCACCGUCGCUGAGGUUCCCAUCUCUUUCGUCGAUCGUCUUUAUGGAGAGAGCAAGCUUGGUGGUGAUGAGAUUGUUCAGUAUGCCCAGGGUGUCUUCAACCUGUGGCUCAAGGUCUAA